AUGGGUCAGCUCUUAUCUCACCCGGUGGAGGAGAAGUCCAUCGAGUUCCGAGAGCACUCGUCGAUAUCCUAUUGUAUUGGCUCAAUGCAAGGGUAUAGAAUGACCAUGGAAGAUGCCCAUGACGUGAGGGUUUCGGAUGAUGAGAAACUCGCCGUGUAUGGUGUGUUUGAUGGCCAUGGUGGCAAGGAGAUAGCCGAGAUCUUGAGGGAUAAGCUUGUUGCGUUGAUUUUCAAGACUCUACAGACAUGCAUAAAACAAAAUGCAAACACAGAAUUGCUGACCUACAUUAGACUUAUCAAAGACUGCUUUUUCAAGGUGGACGCUGGACUCCCCGAAUCUUUAGCAGCCAAUUGCGGCAGCACUGCUAUCAUAACCACAGUUAUCGCUGGAAAAUACGUCAUUGUGGCCAACACAGGUGACUCCCGUUCAAUUCUUUCUUUGCAAGGUGGAUGUCUGAAAAAUUUAUCGUUUGAUCAUAAACCUUCGACUAUGGGAGAAAGAGUCCGCAUAGAGAACAGUGGGGGCUACGUCAUCAAUGGCAGGGUGAAUGAAAUUCUUGCGCUCUCCCGAGCAUUUGGCGAUUUCAACUUCAAGUUGCCUUACCUUUCUUUAAACCCUACAGGGCAACAUAAUGCCUACCUAGAGCAAAACCGAAGCAUCAUAAAGAACAACGUUAUUGAGCUCCCGCCAGAGCUAUAUCAGGUGAGUGUGGAGCCUGAUGUUUUAGUGUACGAUCUCAGCUGUCAAAGUGAGCCGGAGUUUAUUGUGUUAGCGUGUGAUGGCAUCUGGGAUUGCUACACGAACGACGCUUUAAUUCAAGUCAUCCGCAAGAGAUUACGUGACGGUUGGACUCUACAACACAUAACUGAGUUUGUGCUUAAUGACUGCAUCAGCAUGGCUAAUAAUAUCACUGGCAUUGGCUUUGAUAAUAUGACGAUAAUGAUUGUUGCGCUACAUUCAAACGCAUCGCUCGAGCAAUGGACUGAACAAUUUAGGAAAAGGUGA